AUAAUCAAAUUUAAAUGCAUCAAAUAAUCUCUUAAAAAAUCAAAUUUAUGUAUAUAUAAAAUAAAUAUUUAAUGUUAUGUUUGUGUGUGUUAGUUUUCGAUUACAAUGUAAAUGUGCAGUAUAGAAUAAUUUGUAUGAAGCGCACAGUGAAAAAAUAUAUAAGAUGAUCUCUGCACUUUCGUUGCCUUGAGGCCUCCGCAUUCUGAAGUUCGGUCCUGCAUAUUAAAGAUCAAGUAAAAAUAAUACUUUUAUCAUCAUUAUAUAGCAUGUUAUUGUAAUAACAAUACCACAUAUGUCAACUCGAUAAAACUGAUAAUUGUCUCUGUGUAUAUGUAAAUGUCAUUUUUUACGUGAUAGUGGAUUUAUCAUCACGAUAAAUGCAUUUAUCAGUUUGAACUUUUCGAUUAGAUUCCACUUUUAGUUGCUUUUCUACAUUACAUGAGAACACAUAUUAACGAUUGCUAAAGCACACAGUAAAAAGCAAAAUGAAUUACUCCGAAUUUUACUCGAAAAUUACUCUUAGAAGGAGAGAAAAUCCGAUUAGACGAAUAACUGAAACUUUUUUAUCAAGUAACAAAUUGGAUGUAAUAAAUUUUGCUGGUGGAAUACCAAAUACCGAUACUUAUCCUUUUGAAGGAAUUAACGUGUCGUGCAAAGAUAAAACGAAUUUGGAUCUUAAAGAUAAGGAUUUAGCUUUAGCUCUUCAAUAUGGACCUGCUAGCGGGUACUUGCCCUUAAUAAAAAAGUAUCGAGAACUGCAAUGUAAAUGGCAUAAUCCUAAACGAACAGAUUGGAACGUAAUGUUUUUUUCUGGCUCGCAAGAUGGUUGUUCGAAAAUUUUUGAAAUGUUUCUCAACGAAGGUGAUCCAGUUAUGGUUCAAUCGCCGACGUAUACAGCAACGAUCAAUUCAUUGGUAUCCUUGAAUCCCGAUUACAUUGAAAUAAUCCAGGAUAGCGACGGUAUCAUACCUGAGGAAAUAAUAAAUGUAUGCGAAAAAAGAUUAAGCGAUGGAAAACCAUUGCCGAAGUUAAUAUACGUCAAUCCUACUGGUGCAAAUCCAACAGGAACUGUAUUAACCGAAAGUCGUAGGAAACAAGUAUACGAAUUAGCGCAGAAAUACAAUUUUCUUAUUGUAGAAGACGAAGCGUAUUGUUUUAUUCAUUUUAUGAAUAAACAACCUACGUCUUUCUUUUCAUUGGACACAGAAGGACGCGUAUUAAGGGUGGAUUCAUUUAGUAAAAUUAUUAGUAGUGGUAUGAGAUUAGGUUGCGUCUCGGCUAACACCGAACUUCUGAAAAAAUUGUCACUGCAUGUAGAAAAUAGCAUUUUACAAGCCAAUUCGUUGUCACAGGUGAUUGUUUACAAAUUAUUUGAUUCGUGGGAUGAAGAUAAAUUCGAUAAACAUUUCAAGAGUCUUCAAGAUUUUUAUCGAAUAAAACGUAACAGUGUGUUAGCAGGAAUUAAAAAACAUCUUACAGGAUUAGCCAAUUGGAUAGAACCUAAAGGUGGUUUCUUUGUAUGGAUUAAAUUGAUUGGAAUUGAUGAUACAUAUCAUUUUGUAAAGAACAAAUGUAUACCCAAUGGAUUAUUCGUAGUUUCUGGAAAUUCGUUUUAUUAUGAUAGUACAAAACCUACUCAAUACAUACGUUUUUCAUAUAGUUAUUCGAAUGACGAGGAGAUCGAUAAGGGACUCUCAAUUAUGGCCAAAUUGAUACGAGAAGAAAAUCAAAUGAAAAUUUUGACACGUUAAAAAAAAGAUCUAUAGUUUUCUUUUUUUUCUUGUUCGUUUUAAUUAUAAAUAGAUUAUUUACGAUGCGUGUGUUUUUGACUUUUUAGGAGACCACAGGAAUAGAUAAUGUAGGAAUAAUGGUAUAGAAUAUCAUUAUUUCAAAUGAAACAUAUAGAAAACAAAGGUAAUUGGCAAUUGAGUAUUUUUAAUCUUAUUUUUCUAUUAUAAAUAUUUUGUUCGAAAUAUCGUUAGAAAUUUCAGUUACAUAUAUACUUACAUAACGUAAGACUUAAUAUACACAUUUAUUUAAUAUAUACUA